UCCCAAUUCCCACAAUCCCAAAUCCCGAACCGCAGGGACAUCGCCGUCCGGAACAUCCUGGUGGCCUCCCCGGAGUGCGUCAAGCUCGGCGACUUCGGCCUCUCGCGCUACAUCGAGGAUGAGGAGUACUACAAAGCUUCCAUCUCCCGCCUCCCCAUCAAGUGGAUGGCGCCGGAAUCCAUCAACUUCCGGCGCUUCACCACGGCCAGCGACGUCUGGAUGUUCGGCGUGUGCGUGUGGGAGAUGCUGAGCUUCGGCAAGCAGCCGUUCUUCUGGCUGGAGAACAAGGACGUGAUCGCGGUGCUGGAGAAGGGAAUUCCCAGCCUUGGAGACCCUUUGGAGAUGGAGGGUUUCAAUUCUGAGGAAAAGGCUCCAAAUCCAAAAUUUUUCCAUUGA